CCUGUUUGGCGGAGUUCAGGCACUGUGUGAGGGACUGCAAUGCACAUUCCUUGAGCCAUCUCUAGAAUCGGAGCCAGUUAAGCAGCUGAAUGAUAGCAGCUCUGUUUCAUUCUGUAAAUUCACCUGACACCAGCAAAUGGAAUGUAGGCAUUUCCUUACAGGCACACAUAGGGGGAGACAGCAUUAUACAAAGCAUACAGCUAAUCAAAGCUUACAGCAAAGCAAUGAGCCUUUCUGAAUUACCAGGUUGGUGCGAUAGGAGGGUGCAUAGGAACAGGUCACACCAUUGAUCUCAAGCCCCCACUUAGUCUUUUUUGUUUCUGCAAGACACUCCAACAGAUACAAUGCCAUCUACUCACUUUUGCUGCAAGUGAAGUGUUAAAAAUUGUGAGUGAAAGGAGUUUAAGAGAUGGUGCGCUAGCGUUGCCAUGCAAUUGCUGCUCUCUUCUUGAAACAACUCUCUCACUCCUACAUUCACCACCAGCACUUCUGCAUCUCUGGGCUGCUUCCGAUUUUUGCUCACAACUUGGGGGCGUGAGUGCAGAGUGCUGAUAAAGGGGCAGUAGGGCUGAAGUCAGGAAGAGGAUGAAAAGGGGUGCAAAUUACCCCUGCCGUCAAAGGGAAGCAAAGUCAGCAAUUGGUGUUGAUGACGCUGCACUGGCAGAAGAAGAGCCAAUCACAUCUUUCCUGCCCCUGGCAGCUAAAAUCUCAUUUCUGCAUUUUUCCCAGCGCAGGCUAAGUCAAGGAUGGAACGCAGAGAGACAGAGAAGGAGGCAAAAAUGCACAGCACUCGAUAGGCAUCAUUAACUGAAUUCAUUGAAAGGGAACCAGAAAAAGAAUCGCUCUCGCCAAGCUGUGGACUCUUAAAACUCACUGCAGCCUGCUCUGCAUUAAUAACUCCUUUCCCAGAUAUACAGAGGGAAAAGAUAAAGGGGGAAGGGAAUGUGAAACAGCCAAUGCAACUUAGCUGGAAGCUUUGAGCAUUAACCCCUAGAGGGAAAGAAAAGGAGGGGUAGGAGGGGGCUGUGUGAAUACAUAGGAGCACUGCAUCACGCUAAUGUUCAGCUCAGAACAGUAUGCGUCAGCAGUACAUCCACGUUCUGACUGAAGGACGAAAGGAUGAGAGAGCAGCCUGGCUGGUUGGCUGCUGCUUACACCACCAAGCAAAAAGGGAGAGAGGAGGACCAUUAAAAGAGGAAGAUGCUACGGGGCUCUGAUAUCGCUCCCUCAGCUGCUGCCUGUUCUGCUGCUGCUAAAAACACCAGACGAGACAUUAAAAGCAAGACUAGGAGAAACCCACAACUCACUACCUCGCAAGAAAAGGCUCUACAGUGGGACUUCCAUGAGGCAGGAGAUGUACGGCUGUAAAAGACUGUCCCUUCUGCAGACCCAUCUCAAAUCAAGGGCUCAGCACUAAGGUGUGUGUAUCUGUGUGUGUGGUUUCACCUCCAGUGUUGUUUCUACAAGACCUCCGCUCACUCCUUGGAGAUAUUGACGGAUUAUUGCUAAGUGUGCAAGAGGUAGGCUGCAGCAGCUGUAUCUGUAGCUUGGAAAGCAAAGCCAGCUAUAAAAAGAGAGAGAGCGAGAGAGCGAAAAAGAGAAGCCAGCACUGAGAGAGAGGGGGGGAAAGCACUCAAUGCCUGCAAUGUGCUUGCUGCCUUUCUCUUUGUACAAAUCAGAAUUCUGCAGACAGUCUGGGGAUCGCAGAGAUACCCAAAGAAAAUCAUCAAACUGCAUGGAAAGCGCAAGAUACAUUCAAGGAGUAUAAGGAGCCUUCAAAUAAUUUCUAAUCCACUUCUAUGAAGCCUAUAUAGAUUUUCCAUCUCCCUUCAGAAAUGGAUAUUCUUCCGGCUUCUGCAAGGAACAGCAGUGGAAUCCAAGGGCAAAUAUUUCUACUGAAAAAGGCACUAGCCCCUGGGGAGCAGCAGAACGAUGCACCUGCAUAGCCAAGUGGGCCUCACCCCUUCUUUAUAUAUACCUUAAUUUUACUUUUAAUUUUCAAAUCCGGGUUUACUAUAAGGAGCCAUUUUGUCUUUCAAUACCCCCCCAUUAUCCCCCUCCCCCAAAGCCCCUGUAGCCCCAGUAGCUUUCUUUCCUAUACUAAUUAAAACUAAGGAAUCCAUGGAAAGACUGUUUCAUACACUUGCUGUUGCACUGGAUGAGAGAAACUGGCUUAAGGAUUCUAAUAUAAUUUUCUUUCCAUAGAUACUUUACCUAGGGUUUUAUUUAAAUUCAUGCAUUUUAAUUUUCUAGUCACCUCCUUAAAGAGAAACCACUUUUUUUCUUCAGUUCUUACCCCAAUAUUUCCUCCUUACACUCACAAGUGUUUAGAUGGAAAAGGGAAUUUGCAACCUCCUGAAGCCUGGGUAGGGCCAAGUUCCCGUUUCCAUGCCAAAUCCCAGACUAUGGUGAAUUAUGAACGUGCCACAUCAUGAAUUUCUUGUGGCUGGUAACUGUGCACCAUACCUGGAAGGCUGUCCUAUUCUCUGCAAUCUACCUCAUGGUGCAUAUGUGGAUCUCCUGUGCAGCAUACUCUGGGCCUCAAAGUUGCCCAUCUGUCUGUUCCUGCAGUAACCAGUUCAGCAAGGUCGUAUGCACACGUCGUGGCCUCUCUGAAGUACCCCAAGGUAUACCAUCAAACACAAGAUCCCUCAAUCUCAUGGAGAACAACAUACAGAUGAUUCAGGCUGACACGUUCCGUCACCUUCAUCAUUUGGAAGUGCUACAACUUGGCAGGAACUCUAUACGUCAGAUAGAGGUUGGGGCUUUUAAUGGUUUGGCCAGCCUCAAUACUCUGGAAUUGUUUGACAACUGGUUGACUGUAAUUCCCAGUGGGGCAUUUGAGUAUCUUUCCAAACUGAGAGAAUUGUGGCUCAGGAAUAAUCCUAUUGAAAGUAUUCCAUCUUAUGCCUUCAAUCGGGUACCAUCUUUGAUGCGCCUGGACCUUGGAGAGUUAAAAAAACUGGAGUAUAUUUCUGAGGGGGCUUUUGAAGGAUUGUAUAAUCUGAAGUAUCUUAACCUUGGGAUGUGUAAUAUCAGAGACAUGCCAAACCUUACACCAUUGGUGGGACUAGAGGAACUAGAAAUUUCUGGGAACAACUUUCCUGAGAUAAAACCAGGAUCUUUUCACGGUUUGAGAUCACUGAAAAAAUUGUGGAUUAUGAACUCGCAGAUCAACACCAUAGAGCGUAAUGCUUUUGAUGAUUUGACAUCCUUGGUUGAAUUGAAUUUGGCUCACAACAAUGUGACCUCCCUGCCACAUGACCUUUUUGCCCCUCUAAAAUAUUUGGUGGAAUUACACUUGCACCAUAAUCCAUGGGACUGCGACUGUGAUGUUCUUUGGCUUUCCUGGUGGCUGAGAGAGUAUAUUCCCACCAAUUCCACAUGUUGUGGUCGUUGCCAUUCCCCGCCGCACAUGAGGGGGAAGUAUGUGGUGGAGGUGGACCAUUCAAUGUUUCAGUGCUCAGCCCCUUUUAUAAUGGAUGCUCCUAGGGAUUUGAACAUCUCUGAAGGGAGAAUGGCGGAGCUCAAGUGUAGAACUUCUGCCAUGUCCUCUGUUAGGUGGCUAUUGCCCAAUGGAACUGUGUUGACCCACGCUUCCAAUCAUCCGCGAAUCACCAUCCUUAAUGAUGGGACAUUAAACUUCUCACAGGUCCUGCUCACUGAUACUGGUGUCUACACAUGCAUGGUAACAAAUGUGGCGGGAAACUCUAAUGCUUCAGCUUAUCUCAACGUCAGCACGGCAGAGCUUAACACUUCCAACUAUAGUUUCUUCACAACUGUCACUGUGGAGACAACAGAGGUGGCUCCUGAAGACAUCUCUAUGAUAUUCAAGCCGGUGCCAACCACUUCAACAGGGUACCAGCCUGCAUAUACAACUACCACCACUGUACUAAUUCAGACCACCAAAAUGCCCAAGCAGGUGGCGGUACCAACUUCAGAUGCUGGAGACAAAAUGCAAACUAGCCUUGAUGAGGUGAUGAAGACCACCAAAAUCAUCAUUGGUUGCUUUGUGGCAGUCACACUGUUAGCAGCCGCUAUGCUUAUUGUAUUCUACAAGCUACGCAAGCGGCACCAGCAAAGGAGCACUGUGGCCGCUGCGCGGACUGUUGAGAUAAUCCAAGUGGAUGAGGACAUCCCCAGUGGGAGUCCCACAGGAGUAUCAGGUGAGGGGGCAGUUGUACUGCCCACCAUUCACGAUCAUAUGAACUACAACACCUACAAGCCAGCACACCAUGGGGCCCAUUGGACGGCUAACAGUAUCGGUAAUUCUCUACACUCCACAAUUACUACCAUAUCUGAACCUUAUAUAAUUCAGACCCACACAAAAGAGAAGGUACAGGAAACUCAAAUAUGACUUUUUUUCAAAUUAUAAUGCAAUAGAAUGCACAAAAAAAGACAGUAACUUUUGUACAGAAAGAGAGAGACUUUUUUGUUUUCGUGUAAAUGCUUAUAUAUUAAAUCUAUGGGCUGAUGACAGAAAAAGAUUAUAUUAAAAUUUAAAACUAUUUUCUAACUUGUAAGUUCUAUUUAAGUGAUGGUAUAAUGGCAAAUAUAGAGGAAAAAAAAUCAGAGAUGUUUAUGUGCCAUAAUGAAUAGAAAAUGAUUUAGCUAUGUUUUAAUCAGAAAGCAAAAACACUGAAUAGAAGUCCAUGCGUGCAAUCUGCUGUUUUUCAAAAGACGCUGCUAGUGUAUAACAGCAGCACCCCAGUUUCUAAGGAAAAUUCUUUUGUUUAGAGUCCCAGAUCAAUCUUUGCAGGUUUAUCUUAUAAAAAAGGAAAAAAGCACCACAAAUUUGUACUGUGCCAAAUGUUAAAAUUAAAUACAUGCAAUAAAGGAUCUUUUUUGGAGACUUGAA